CUGACCAUAAUGAUGAUAAACUCUCCGAAUCCUUAUUUGAUUAGGAUUAUUUGUUGUUGAUGCAUCUGUUGUGUUAAUGAUAUGUUCUUCUAAAAAAAUAUUAGUUAUAUUGUUAGUGAUUGAGUAGAAUGCCAACAAGAUGUGUUUGAUGAUGUGACAUGAACAAGAGGCACACUCAACAGUCAACAUAUAUGAUUUUGAUACAAAAGAAAAUUUGCUGACCAUUUUUGUUAAUGUUUUAAAGUAUGGUGAUGAUUAGGAGGAAAUCCAGUGAAAACGGACGAUCCGACCCAUACAAAAUUCAAGACGGAAAAGAAAGAAGCGGGUAAAUUAAAAAUCCGGAUUCUCGUCUAUAUAAUCCUCGAAAGGAGUGAUAUUCGUCCUUGUUUCCCCAAUCAAUCAUCGACGAAUUCUAGGGUUUUCACUUUUCAGCCUCGUAGGGUUUUCAAUCCUCUCCCCCAAAUCCGCUGCGGGCGCGCAAUUAAGCCAUGACAGGGAAGGCGAAGCCGAAGAAGCACACGGCGAAGGAGAUCGCAGCGAAGGCGGACGCCGCGCUGACAAACAGAGGCGGAGGCAAAGCCGGGCUCGUCGACAGGACGGGGCAAACCAAAGGAGGCCACGCCAAAUUCGAGUGCCCGCACUGCAAAGUCACUGCUCCUGAUGUAAAAUCGAUGCAGAUCCAUCACGAGGCUCGCCACCCGAAGAUCCCCUUCGAGGAAGAUAAGAUCCAAAACCUGCACGCCACCGCGCCUGCCGCUGCUGUUGCCGAUACCUCGGCCGGGAAGCCACGUCCUGGCGUCAGGGGCAGCCUCAAGAAGUGAUCUUUUGGAGGCUUCGGUCAGGAAACAUGAUCGUCCUGCUGCUACUUUUCGGUUAACUUAUGGUUUCUGGGUAAUCUUGUUGUCUUUCUGUGGUUUGUGGGUUCACUGAAUACUAUACCCUGUCUGGGUUUAUAAUCUUACUUUAUUAUGGUAUGAUCGAUAAGGAUGGGGUUUGUUUCUGUAAUCCUUUCACCGGCUUGGCUUGCCAUUUGGAUUUGUGGAAUGUACAUGAAGCUCGGUUGUGGUAACUGUGGAGGUGGUUCUUGUGGCAUACGCCCAUGGCCAGAAUCUGCUUGUUCCACUUAAGAUCAAAGUUUGCUUCUUUUUGUUUGGAUUGCGAUAUAUGUGCCAUUGUCGUGCUGCGUCUGGUUGGGAAAAUCUGGGUUUUCCCCUUCAAUGUGCCUUUUAUCCUUCUCUUUAGAUGGUAACCAUUGCAUUCAAUCAAGAUGUUACUUGUCU